AUGGCUUCUUAUAUGCUUCUGUUGGUAUUUGCUGUGAUUUUAUUAUCAAUUGAUGCUCGUUUAUUUCACAAAACAUGGUCCAAAAUCAAGGAUUACAAUACCAUAAGUGAUAUUAAUGAUAUUUAUAGUGAAACCGAUCGAUUCUUGGAUAAACAAGAAAACUCAAAACGAAAAUUGCCUAAAUUCGGUCGACUUUCAGAUUUGUUCUAUUUUCGAGAUGAUCUCACUAAUACAAAUGAAUAUGAACAGCAGAGUAAUAAAUUAAAUUAUUAUGAUCAAUAUGAACAGCCAACAGAGAAUGAUUAUGAUUAUAAUAGAUUUAAAAAAACGAAAUAUUUUUUUAAUUAA